UAUUUUGUUGUUGUUUCUGUGUUCCCGCUCGGCGCGCUUUACGUAACGCCGCCGUCGAUUCCGUGGACAACGUCAACGUCGGUCUAAUUUUAGAGUUUGGCAGUAUUUGGCAUCACCAGGGGGCAGGCGAGUGCUCAGUCGUAUCCCGGAUAGCGGCGUCAGCGCGUCACCGUGGUAGCGCGAUAUGCGUCAUGUACGGCCUGUCGUACACUAGGUACCAUCGCCCGGAGGACCGGUACGGGACGAGUGCGGGAUGCCCGUGGGGCGACGGCGACGCCGCCUCCGCCGCCCCCAGCGCGAUGGCGUCGAAUUCCUCGCGGCCGGACGCGCCGAUCCGCAGGACCAGGUAUACGCGAUCGUCGACCACCAGCGUCGCGCAGCUGCUGAGCGAGUCGUGCACCACGCUGCUCCAGAAGCUCACGACGAAAGUGAGGGGGCCGUCGGAGGCGACGGCGCCGAAGGCGGCGACGCCGAAGAGGACCUUCAACCCGCUGGCGACGAGCAAGAGCACGGCGACGAUAGCCAACCUGGGCUCCACCCGCACCCGCCUCGAAGACAAAUACGCCAGCGUCCUCGACCGCAUCUACGGUCGGAAGCGCGACACCGAAAAGACCGUGGAGCCGUCAGCAGGUCGCGGUUUAUCCAAAAGCGCGACCACCUCUAACGUCCUCCUCGCCGAAAAGUCCUACCCGUACGUGAGCCCCCCCAGCGUGUCCACCCGCGAGAAAACCCCCUACCGCAGCGACGGCAAGAGCCACCACUACCACAAAAAACAGUACCAGGAGCCGCCGUACGCGUACCUCGACCAGGACUCGGCCUACAAGGCGCGCUACCGAACGAACCAUUCCGAACUGCGUCCUAGGCGCUCGGCGAAGCCGCUGCGCACCGGCCGCAGCGAGCUCAGCGAGCGCAACACCAAACUCUACCCGAUCGACGUGGACGGGCCCGUGCCCGUCCACGCGGCGGCCGACGACGAGGCCACCCCCACGCCCGCCACCCCCGACCCGCUGUCGGAGCGCGAGGCGAAGCGCAAGGAAAUCCAGAGCCUGAUCAUGAAGUACUCGGUGCUGGACGAGGUGUACAACCGCGGCGCGUACGCGGUCAACGGGGCGGCGCAGCCGGCGCCGCCACCGGCCAAGACGCCGCUCGACGAGGCGUACGGGCGCGGCGCGUGCGCGCUGAACGGGGCGGCGAAGCACAGCGCCGCCACCGCGAUUGCGAAGAAAUACUGCCCGGCGGCGAGAAUCGUGGCGGUUAGCUCACGCGCACCCUCAGUGGAAGACGAUGAAGAAGGCCAUCUCAUUUACCGAUCGGGAGACAUUCUUCAAGACCGAUAUAAAAUACUUGGCACUCUCGGAGAGGGCACCUUUGGCAAGGUAGUCAAAGUGAAGGACAUCGAAAUGGAUCAUUCGAUGGCGCUAAAGAUUAUCAAAAACGUGGAAAAGUACCGAGAAGCUGCUAAACUGGAAAUCAACGUUUUGGAAAAAUUAGCAGAUAGAGAUCCAGACUGUAUACAUUUGUGUGUCAAGAUGCUCGACUGGUUUGAUUAUCAUGGUCACAUGUGUAUAGCGUUUGAAAUGUUAGGUCUUAGUGUGUUUGAUUUUUUGAAAGACAACAAUUACCAGCCAUAUCCACUGGAUCAAGUCAGACAUAUUGGGUAUCAACUGUGUUAUUCCGUCAAAUUCCUGCAUGACAACAAGUUGACACAUACUGAUCUCAAGCCCGAGAAUAUUUUGUUUGUGGAUUCUGAUUACGAGCUAGUUUAUAAUAGUAAGAAGAGGAGAGAUGUGAAAAGAGUUAAAAGAACAGACGUUAGAUUAAUAGAUUUUGGUAGUGCCACGUUUGACCAUGAGCACCAUAGCACGAUAGUUUCAACGCGCCACUAUAGAGCACCUGAAGUUAUUUUAGAAUUAGGGUGGGCUCAACCGUGCGAUGUAUGGUCUAUCGGCUGUAUAUUAUUCGAAUUAUACCUAGGUAUAACUCUUUUCCAAACCCACGAUAACCGAGAACACUUGGCGAUGAUGCAGCGAAUUCUCGGUGAAAUUCCAAUUAGGAUGGCAAGAAAAACAAAGACAAAAUAUUUCUAUAGGGGUAAGUUAGAAUGGGACGAAAAGAGCUCAGCUGGUCGAUACGUCCGAGAUAAUUGUAAACCACUAAUGAGGUACAAACAGAGUGACGAAUCCGACCACAAUCAACUGUUCGAUCUAAUUUAUAAAAUGUUAGAAUACGAACCGUCGCAACGGAUAACAUUAAAAGAAGCAAUGCUCCACUCGUUCUUCGAUAAAAUCUCGCCACACCAGCGUCUGGGAGAGCACGGAGCAGGGGAUAUACGAAGAGACAAAAGUUGCUCGGUUUCGCGAUGAAGAGCGGCCCCGUAUUUUAAUUUUGCGCUGUUUUCAUUUCCAUUUCUACCACAGUCACUGUAUUUUCAGUAAUAUAUUGCUGACAAUAAUUCAGUUUUUAUCUGUCAUUUGAAUGAAAUUCGUUUGGGUUGUGCUGGAAAAUAUGAAGUUUGUUGUAUUUGUUUUCACGUACAACGCGGUUCUUCAUUUUGUUUAUAAGGGUAAUUUAAUGUUACAUGUGUACAUAUUAUUGCAUAAAUAAAUGAUUAGUUUUUAA